AUGGUCCGACCUGUUUUGGCACUAUCCACAAAGAUGGUCCGGCCUGUUUUGGCACUAUCCACAAAGAAAUGUAUGCCUGAAUUCAUCAACGCCGCUUAUCAGCUACAAAUUGAAGCCACAAAUACUUGUGGUGAAAAUGGCGAUAACCACUUUUACAUUUUGCAAUUUUCUCUUCAGGAUGCGGAAAUAAUUCGUAAAAAGGCAAACGAUACCAAAGUAAAUGCCCGCAAGCUACGUAACGAAGCUGAUCAACUCAAUCAUCGUGUGCAAAUCACUGAAAACAGCAUCGCCAAAUUGGAUGAAUCGGCAAACAAAGACGACAGCCUCGUCGAUGAUGCCAAACGAAAGGUAGGACAAGCCAAGGCCGGUGCACAAGAAGCACAGGGUCAGAUUGAUAAGUCCAUACAAGAAUUGGAUGACAUCAAGGAGGAAUUAGAGAAUCUAAAGGACAUUAAUGUCGAAGAUUUAGAUAAACUCGAAAGUCGCCUCGAUCAAGUGGAGUUCGAAUUGAAUCGUGUCAACUUGACCGGUCGAAUUGAGAAGUUCCGUGAUUUGCGCAACGCACAAAAGAAAUGGAUCGACAAGUACGAGAAGGAUUUGUACGAUUUGGAGAAGCAAGUAGAAAAUAUUAGUGCGAUAGCCCAAGCACUGCCCAAUGGCUGUUAUCCGCGUAGUCGAUUGGAGCCAUAAAUGGGCCAAGUAUCAGUUAACACUGCCCAACAAACCAUAGAACUAAACUCUAAAUAUGCGAAAAGAGAAAUGAAAAAAUCCAAAUACCCUAUACUAGUGUAUAAUAUGAAAAUAUUUUAGUGAAAAAGUAGUUAAGUUAGGUUUUAAAAUAAAUAUUUUUAAAUCCUACUUUUUUUGUAUGCACACAUAUGAGCCGUUUACUUUUAAAGUGGCAUAAGUCAUUUCCUGCCGUUUAAAUACAGUGAUCAUUUACUUGUAUCUAGACGCUUCUGUUAUUCGUUAAACUUCAUCAGCCGAAAGUAAAAAGUUUUUUAUUUAGCUUAUGACAGCAGAACGAUUUUCAGAUGCAUUCAGUUUAAUAGUAAUUAAACGUUUAGGCUCAAGAGGUGGAAAUGACUUAUGCCACUUUCAUAAUACACGGCUCUUAUUAUCUUUCAGUUGCUAUUUCCGAAGUGAACCAAAAUUAUCUAGUAGAGGGCUGCAUAAAUGGUUUUGGAAGGGCAAUCAAAACUUUUGCUAAUUUCGCAAUAGUUCACUUCCACAGAGUUUUCAAAUACUGUCAAAUGCGGACUUCUGCAAAUAGUGAAUCAAAAUUGUGCUUGAAUAAAACAUUGCUGCAAUAAAACAUGAA